AGGAUGAGCACUUACUGUGAGAUUCUGUUCUUUCCUUUUGAAAUAUUUUUGAAUGUACAUGUGAGUCUGAUGGAGGUGGCCCCCAUGUGGUAACUACAGUAUAGGGAUAUAUAUCACCACAGUUACGGAGGCUGUGUCUCUGGUUUCAACACUCCCACUCCUGUGUAGGGCAUCCCUCUGGAUUUAUACACCUGUUCUUCAUACCUCUGAUUCGUUACAGAUCUAAACGGUCUCAGACCGUUCCCGGAUUCGCCUCACAACAUGACCGAGGUUGUCCCGGGGGAGCGGACUCUCAGUUCUGUGUUAAGUGACCACCCCGGGGAACUCGUACGGACCGGAAGUCCGAAUUUCGUCUGCUCAGUUUUACCAUCCCACUGGCGAUCAAACAAGACCCUUCCCGUGGCUUUUAAAGUUGUGUCUCUUGGGGAGGUGAAGGAUGGUACAAGAGUGACCAUUACAGCUGGAAAUGAUGAGAAUUAUUGCCCGGAAUUACGGAAUAGUACAGCUUAUAUGAAACAUCAAGUUGCCAAAUUCAACGAUCUGCGCUUUGUGGGCAGAAGCGGUCGAGGAAAGAGUUUCUGCUUGACAAUCACAGUCUGCACCCACCCUCCUCAGGUGGCGCUUUACCAAAAGGCCAUUAAGGUCACCGUUGAUGGACCACGUGACCCAAGAAGCAAAAUAAAGCUGCGAACGGACGACCGACGUAUUCACCGUCCGCUCGACAUACCAGACCGUAGCCCAUUUGACCCCCUUCAGAACAGUCGAUUCAGUCACUCCCUGCCCGACUGGCAGAUCCAUCGGCAGAGCUCUCGCAUCUCCGAUACAUCUAGUAGAGUAUUACAACCAUCCUCUGAAACCAAUGGAUAUCACUCAGAGCCGACAGGAAAAAGAAGCAGUCCCUGGGGUACGGGAUUCGACCCUUAUCCCGUCAUCACCACUCAUGCCCCCGCAUACUCACAGCCCCCACCCCUUCCCGGAACAGGUCAUCAGAUCACACCACCCCCUCCCUCCAUUGAAUCUCAUAUAACGGACACUCUGCUCACCGACUCCAGACUCCCUUCACUCCACAAGGGGGCAGGAGCUCAUCAUGAUGUCAUGGUCACCUCUCAUUCACAGGAGCGCCCUCUACCGGUAGUCGUGCCGGACCCACAGCGACCCGACAUAUCAGCACUGGAACCUCGUCAUUCCGAACCGCGCAUGCCACUGGAUUCUCAACUUCCGAUAGUGUUGCCGCGGUAUCCGGAAGUCCGGUUACAGGAACAUCGGAUUUCGGAGACGCGAUUCUCGGAGAGUACUAGUAGACAUUUACUUACACAUUCACACAGCGUUCAACCAUAUCAGUCGACCAAUUCCAACUUCGCCAUCUUAAGAGAAAGUCGGGACAUCAACCCUUUACCAUUGUCAGUCUCCCAUAGCAACUACCCCAUCAUCACUGCCCAGGAUCUACUGGCCAGCAUAAACCCCGCCACCACCAUGGCUCCUUCCUACCUGCCCGGGUCCCCAUCCAGUGUGCUCCCAACUAGCUUCCUCUAUCCUCACCUCUACUCUUCGCCCCCUCAAAUCUCAAAUCUCUUCCUGCCGUCAGGAGAGGUGCGAACAUACGAGAUACUCGGACAGCGAUCAUCUGAUAUUCCGAUGAGGGUAGAUCGCCCACUGACCCCAUCCAGUAACCGACUACAAAUAGAAGGCCCUUCCAGAUCUGUGCUUCGUGACGAACAGGAAGAGCAACGCAUGCGCAUGGAAACAUCAAGGAAUGGUAUACAUCCUAUGGAUGUUCACGCGUCCGAGACCAACAGGUCACCUCCCAGGUCUGGAGAUACCACCAACCCCGACUCCACGGUCUGGCGGCCGUACUGAAGUCACUUUACGUUAGGACCAGGUCGAAACUUACAUUCGAAUUCCCUUAGAAUCACGUGAUUCUUGCGAAGACGAUCAGAGCUUUGAAUAUUGCUAUGGCUAUUGUUCAGAUGAUUUGUCAGAUGAAAAGACAGUCAAGUGCUUGUUCUGGUGAACUCUCACGAGAAAAGUCGUGAUGUUAGACAUACCAGUGGAUUUGUACAGUUUAUGGAGAAUGUGUCGGAAAAGUUUGUUUUAAGAAACUUAACUGUGAAUGCAUUUAUGAACGUUUUUUGUGGGGAGAUAUUACCUGGUGUGAUUUAUUGUGAUAGGAGUUGUUAAGGAAGCAAACCUGGUUAUUGGCAUUAAGUGAUAAUAAAAUGAUGGUAUUCAGUUUCACAAAUUGUCAAUUUGACGACUCCAUGUCAGUGUGAGUGACGCAGGUCAUUCUAUUGCAUAGUUUUUGGACAGGUUUGACUUGUCGAGCAGCACAUGGGUUUUGGACAGAACAGAUGAGACCUUUCGAGCAGUGUGUGUGGGUCAAGGACAAGAUUAUAGACGGAACUCGGGAAUUACUGAUAGAAAUUACUUGUUUCGAAUUAUGCAGGUUCUUAACAAGUUAUGGACAGAUGUGAUGAGUCCAGCAUUGUGUGGUUUAGGAGAGAUAUGACAAGUCUAGAAGUGUGUAGUUGGAGGAGAGAUAUGACAAGUCUAGCUCUGCGUGGUUUUAGGAGAGAUAUGACAAGUCUAGAAGUGUGUAGUUGGAGGAGAGAUAUGAUAAGUCUAGCAGUGUGUGGUUUUAGGAAAGAUAUGACAAGUCUAGACGUGUGUGGUUGGAGGAGAGAUAUGACAAGUCCAGCAGUGUGUGGUUGGAGGAGAGAUAUGACAAGUCUAGAAGUGUGUGGUUGGAGGAGAGAUAUGACAAGUCUAGCAGUGUGUGGUUGGAGGAGAGAUAUGACAAGUCUAGACGUGUGUGGUUGGAGGAGAGAUAUGACAAGUCUAGCUCUGCGUGGUUUUAGGAAAGAUGUGCCAAGUCUAGCAGUGUGUGGUUUUAGGAAAGAUAUAACAAGUCUAGCUCUGCGUGUUUUUAGGAAAGAUGUGACAGAACAGAUUGUAGACAGAUAUCGCAGGUGAUGAUUCGAACAGAAUGCAGUAUGAAGAUGUGAUGAGGGUAGCUCGUUACUGGUAGUAGUGGAACUGAUUUUAAUAAUAAAAACGCAAUGUGUUGAGGAGUGCCAGUAUUUGGACCAUUUAGGAGGUCGGUUAUGUGAUAGGACACACAAUGGUGUCCUCUCGUUUUGAAAAUUGUAAGAAUUUAUUCUUUUAUAUUUUAUAUUUAAUAGACCCUUUGAACUUAAAAAAAUAUAUUAUUGUCAACAUAUUGACAUGUUUAGCUUAUAUGGUGGUAGUUAACCAUAUCGAACUAGAUUUAAUCCUAAGUAUUGGCAUGAAGUACCUGGUCAUAAGAAGUAAUGUAGCAUUAUUGUGUUUGACCCCGUCACGCAAGUAAACAGCGCCUUGUAAAGCCGACACAAUUUGUGACAGAUAUUAUAUAAUAAUCACAAACAAUCUGAAUAUGAUAAAAAUAUAUUUGACUUUCUGCAAGCCUUAAACUUUCUAGGUUGACAACUGAAAGGAACGUCCAGAUACGUUGAGUUUCGUAAUACUUCUCAGUCUUGAAGGGAAAAUCGGACAUAUAUUGAUAAUUCAAACAUUUCAAUUGAUGAUGUUUCUUUGGGUCAUAAAAUUAUAUUGUAAGAGUUUGAUCUCAUGUUUUUUAUCGGGAUAUGAGUUAGACAGGAAACGUCACGGUCAGCCUUUCCAGGAGUUCAUAGCCUAACAAAAGUAUUCGUUUAGAGUAAGACAGAAGUACAUUAACUAAUAACCUAUGUUAUAUAUAUUUUGUAAGGUGAACUUUUAAAGUGUCUUUAUUCCAAAGGUCAAGGCCUUAAACUGUGACCUGGAAGUUUAAUUUCAAAGGUCAAGGUCAUUAAUUUUGAAAAGUUGCUACACGAAUGGUGCUUUGUGUGAUAUUUGAUGGAUUUCAGUCAUGCGCAGAGAAUAUUUUCUUGUUACAACGUGUUUUGUUGUCUCAAACUUUAUUUUUGAUCUCAAUUUCAUUUGUGAUUUGUUUUUUGUCCUUUUUCGACAAUUUUAUUGUUGUAUAAAUUCCAGACUUUUGAAAGUCUUUAUAUACAUGUACCCCUUAUCAACUCACCUCCCUCUCAUUUCAAAUUGGCUGUGCCAUGAUUGUCAAAUUCAUGGAGUAAAUUUACUUCUAUUGUAUCACAAUAAAAACCGUUCUUUACAGAAUGUUGCGAGUCUGAAAUGCUUCAGUUUUUACGAUGUUCAAUUUUACUGAAUUUGUCUUGUUUUUCCUUCUGCAUUUAAUUGCAUGGAUACCAUUUGUAUCGUCAUCUUUUUUUUAUCAAAUGCUCAAAUUUCUAGAGCGUACGCCUCAUUUCAUUUGUCAUUGUAUCAUUUAUAUUUACGUCAUUUUUGGUCGGAUCAUUUUCGUUGUUCCGGAAAUCCAUGGUUGAGAGGAGAUGGUGCAUUGUGGGACAAAUUCCAAGACACGUCUGCCAUUGAUAUGACUUCUAUUUUUUGUUUAUUCUACGUACCUAUAUAUAUUUAUGCUCC